ACCACUCUCUCUAUCACUCGUUCCCCUCUCACUUUCGAUCUGAAUCUCUCUCUCCAACUUUCCGGCGACACCGGCAAAUCGCCACCGACCGACCGAACAGAAGCUACAACGAGCCGCCGCUGUCCGUAUUGCUUCCAUCUCAAAGUCGAAUCAGCAACGUUCGACAAGACACCGCAUCACCUCUUAACUCUCCGAUCAAUUUAGCCGACCGGCCAGUGCUGACUAAGGAAACCUCCUUCAGUCCUCUCUCCUAGCUAGAGAGAGAGACGAGAAAAUGGAGUACAGAAGAAUUAAGGAUCAGGAUAAAGACGAGGAUUCAGUUCAAGUUGAUGUUGAGAGCUUGAGAGGGAAACCACAUUCAGGGUCUCCUAGAGCUUUAGUAGGUGGCUCUGCAGACCGUACUAAGUGGAAGCGCAAGUCUAUUGUGACACUAGCAUUGACAGUUCUUACAAGUUCACAAGCAAUUCUUAUCGUUUGGUCAAAGAGGGCUGGCAAGUAUGAGUACAGCGUUACAACUGCAAAUUUUUUGGUAGAGAGUUUGAAAUGUGCACUAUCACUAGCUGCAUUAGCGAAAAUCUGGAGGAAUGACGGUGUUACUGAUGAUAACAGGUUAAGUACAACAUGGGAUGAGGUUAGUGUAUACCCCAUCCCUGCAGCUCUGUACCUCGUCAAGAAUCUACUUCAGUAUUACAUCUUUGCAUAUGUAGAUGCUCCAGGUUACCAAAUAUUAAAGAACUUUAAUAUCAUCAGCACCGGUGUGCUAUACCGCAUCAUUCUCAAGAGAAAGUUAAGCGAGAUUCAGUGGGCAGCUUUUGCUCUACUUUGUGCAGGGUGCACAACAGCACAACUCAAUUCCAAUUCAGAUAAAGUUUUGCAGACACCUUUGCAAGGUUGGAUGAUGGCAAUUGUGAUGGCUCUUCUUAGUGGUUUUGCUGGAGUUUACACUGAGGCUAUAAUUAAAAAACGGCCUUCAAGGAACAUUAAUGUUCAAAACUUCUGGUUGUAUGUAUUUGGGAUGAUUUUCAAUGCCAUCACCAUAGUCUUCCAAGAUUUUGAUGCUGUUGUGAACAAGGGCUUCUUUCAUGGAUAUUCUUUCAUUACUGUUCUCAUGAUUCUAAACCAUGCUCUUAGUGGCAUUGCCGUAUCAAUGGUCAUGAAAUAUGCCGACAACAUCGUGAAGGUGUACGCUACAUCAGUUGCAAUGUUGUUGACGGCAGUUGUGUCUAUCUUCCUAUUUGGAUUUCAUCCAUCCCUUGCCUUCUUUCUUGGUUCCAUUGUUGUUUCGAUCUCGGUGUAUUUACACUCCAUUGGGAAGGUCCAGAGAUAGUAGCUGCAGCCUUUGGCCAUAUAGAUGUGCCAGGUUACACAAUGCAACUGAUGAAAGGAAGAAACUGAGCAAUCUUUCACCUGAAUUGCAGGCACAGACAGCACUGGGUGUUUGUGAUGUAACAACCAAAUCCGAAAAUCGCCACUUGUAAAAUGUCGUGGAAACAAGUGAAUCCACUAUAACUCAUCACGAGGGUGGAUGAGAAACCAUUAUUGAACUUCGAUAAUAUUGUUGGCGCCUUAGUAAAAUAACUACUAUUAUUAUAGAUCAAUGCAGUGAUACAAUUGGUUUUGUAUCAGUUUGGCUCUGAGUACUAAAUAUGGAAUACUCAGCACUCUAACAUGGACAGUGGAAUCCAGCACUAUAACGCAUAGAUGCCAGGACGAAUCACAACUUUCUCUUUUCUUUAUGUUUCCCCCCCUCUUUUUUGGAUGGGAUAUGAUCAUAUGAUCAAUAACAUAUAUACAUCACUGCAAAUUAGUAUUUUAUUUAUAUCA